UUCACGUGCCGAAAAGGAUCCCUAGUGCUCACUACCUUCAUUUGUGGGCUACGGCCCAAAAGUGCCAUCUUGCUACAGCGCAACAAAUGCGAAGCUCCAUCCGUUCCUGCUCGAGUGGGCCGCAUGUUCCACAUGCUUCACAUCUCUAGCGGGUUGACCAGCUUACUAGUUGAUCAGCUAACUGGUUGACCAGUGACUUUUAAUAAAAUAUCAUAAAAUUUUGAAAAAUCAUAAAUUUGAAAAAGAUUUCACUUUUUAGAAAAUAAUCAACAUUCUGGAAAAGGUUCACAAAUUUUAAAAUUCAUAAAAGAAUGAAUUUUUUUGCAUUAAUAAUAAUAAUAAUUUGAGGAUUGUUCAUCAAUUUGAAAAAUAAGUUAGUGAAAUCUAAAAACAAUUCAUGAACAUUCGAUUUUUUUUAAAAUCUCUGAAAACUGAAAACAAAGUUCACAAAAUUUUAAAAACGUUCAUGAAUUUGAAAAUAAGUUCACAGAUUUGAAAAGCAAAUUGGAAAAAUAAAAAAUGUUCACAAAUUUGAACAAAGUUCAUGAAUCUUAAAGCGAGUUCGCAAAAAUUGUAAAGAUGUUCACAAAAUUUGAAAAAGUACAUGAAUUUGAAAAAUCACAUAUUGGAAAAAAUCACGAGAUUUAAAAUGUAGUUCCUGAACUUUGGAAAAGUUCACAGAAUUUUUAAAAGUCACAAAUUUUAAAAACAAUUUGUGAAUUGAGGAAAAAAUAAAAAAAGAAACACAAAAGAAGGAAGACAGCCAAAUAGAGGGAAAACUUGGACGGGAAAGCAUGUCUUUUUUUUUCCUUUCUAUCGUCACAUUUCUCACAAGAAGAAAAAAAAGCGCAGGUGACAACAAGUAAGUUGCCCAGUAGUUACUGCCUCCAGGACUAAACGAGUAGUAUUGGAGUUUGAAUCUCCCAUGACACACUUGUAUUUUUUUGAAGGUUUAAAAAAGAAAAGAAAAAAAUGUAAAUGGGCCAAGCACAGGACAAAAGGUGGUGUGCGCCAAGUUGCGAAUAACACUGUACCAGGCGCUGAAGGUGCCACAUAGGAGUUAGGUGCAUCAUAGGCGCGGGAGCUAUAUGUCGCUUAUAACAAUAUGGGAUCCCCUCGCCUGAAAUGCGGCACGAGCGGGCCGGCACAACACAGUAGCAUUUACUUCGUUUUUUUUUCUCUCUUUGUGAUUUUCGUUUUGUCCACUUUUCACUGUUUGGGCCAGUAUUUUUCUGGUUUAUCUUUCGGUCGGUCGGGCCAGUUUUUUCUGUGUUGUUUAUCUUUUGUCCCAUUUUCACUGUAUGAGGCUGGGUUUACAUGUCUUUUCCCUUGUAUUCCAUUGUGAUUUGUAUUUCUUCACCAGUAUUCUUCUGCUUUUCUCUUUUCUUCCUUGUACUUAUGUUUUCCUUGUUUCGACAAAUUUUCUUUGGCUUUUCUUUUCUUUAAAUAUAUAUUGUUUUUUAUCAUUUCUCAAUUUUCUUGGCUUUCCUUUUUGUUUUCUUUGUCGGUUUUCAUUGGAUGUUGUUAUUCGGCUUUCUUUGUAGCUUCAUGGUUUUCAUCAGUUUUUUUCCUGUUUCGUUUCCUUUCUCACCCUUUUUUUGUUUCUUUCAUGGUUUAACUAUUUUUUUCAUUUUCGUUGUUUCUUCCUUAGUUUCCACUUGUUUUUCUUUUUUCCUUUGUUUCUUUGUUUUUUUAUUGGUCUUCUUUAUUUUCCUUUGUAAAUUUUUUGUAUGCAUCAAAACAUUUUUUACAUACACGUUCAAUGCUUUUGGAAUAAAUCAUUCACAUUCUUUUUAGAAGUUAUAUUUUUUUAUGUAUGCAUCAGAAACAUUUUUUAUAUACACGCUCAACAUUUUGGAAAUACAUAAUUAAGCUUUUCAACAUAUAUGUUUACGCCUACAUUUUCCAUAAAUUUUGUAUAUUUUUUGUAUAUGCGAGGACCAUUUUUUGUAUACUUUUUAAGCAUUUUAUGUAUAAUUUUUUGUAUACAUGUUUAGUAUUUUGGAAAUAUAUAGUUAACAUUUUUGUAAACAUAUAUUUUUAUGUCUACUUUUUCCAUGCACAUAUUACAUUUUUUAUAUACAUCAGAAACAAUUCUUAUAUACAUGUUUGACAUUAGUAGUGGCGGGUGAGCCUCUUUGGGCCGCCCACCACUGCUAAAGUGGCAUCAGUGGUGGGCGGUGUAAAUUGCCCGCUAGUGUAAUCAAUCUCAUAGCAGUGGCGGGAGACCUUACCAAUGGCGGGCAAGCUGCAACGCAUGCCAUUGCGGUGUAAAGUAUGUGCGGCGGGAGCUUAUUAGCGCUCACCACUGAUUGGUGCACUAGGCUAGAAUAAAAAAAGUUGCCAUGGCAGCAUAUAAUAUGCUGUCACAACAGCGUUAGCCGAUGCAAAUAGAGAACAGUUCUCAAUAAACGGGAGCAAAUCAGUAAUAAAACUAGUGGUAAUAACUCAGAAUAAAGAACGAAAAGUACAUUAGGAAUAAACGAGUAACCCAAAAUACACCGCCAUCAAAUAUAGUCUACUGAUAAAGUUAAACAAUGUAGUUAAUAGGCCAAAUAUGUUUCGUCACGGUUUCGGUUGUGCCCGCUGCAAGAAUCUAGGUUAGGCUCUUUUGUGGGUUGGACUCAUCUUCUUCGGUGUUAUUAUAGAAUUGGCCGGAUUAAAAAAAAUUCUCUGAUUCAAAAAAUGUUCGUUAAAAAAAAGUGCGUCUAAACAAGACCGAUCAAUUUGAUCCGGCUUGGCGCGGCACAGACGUGCAGACGGUGUGCGCGGCGCAGGGCGCGGACAUCAAGGGCGGCUCGAGCCGUUUGGGUUGUGGGUGCUUGCGUCCGACGAGCUCAAGGAGAGGAUGGCGGUCUUCUUCAGGGUGUUCAAGGACGGCGACGCCGGCAAGCACACCGUGCUUAUGUGCAACGAUCCCUCCAGGUCGUCCUACACCGACCACCUCUACAAGCCAAGCUUCGCCGGCUUCAUCGACGUCGACAUCCUCGAGACCGGCGGCAAGAUACCUCUCAGAACCUUGAUCGACCACUCUAUGGUGGAGAGCUUCGGAGGCCACGGCAGAAUGAGCAUAUUGUCGUGGGUCUACCCGACGCAGGCCGUCAGCAACAAGGCGCGCCUCUACGUGUUCAAUCACGGCAAGUCAGAUAUCAAGGUUACGCACCUAAAUACAUAUGACAUGCGUUCUGCCAAGAUCAGCACGGACAUCGACCAAUACUAAUCAGAUGAUCAACACGGAAGAUAAUUGUACAAUUGUAGAGUAGGUAGUAUCUAAUAACAGACUUGAGGUGUCAUGAUAUGAGAGGCUAGACGGGUUAUUUGCU